AAGACACUAACGGUGGCAAAUCAUCACUUGACCUGUUUAAAUGGGCUCCGCCACGGCGACCCCGACCACUCCCCCGGCCUCUUCCCCUCCUAGUUCCCCUUCACCCCCGACCAUCCGUGCAUCCAAGCGCCGCCGCGGGACCGACGCCACGGGGAACUUGCCGCUGCGCCCCAGGCGGGGCAGGGGCGGAGGCGAGCGCCGAUGUUUGGCGUCCUCCGCCUCCGCCUCCGCCCCCGCCCCGCCGCCGGCGGCGGGGGUGGAGGGGUUUCGCCUUCUCGACCUUGAAGCUGACCCGCCGCCGCCUGAGGGGGCUGCGGCGGCGGGGGUGGAGGAGUUUGACCCUCGCGACCCUGAAGCUGACCCGCUGCCGCCUGAGGGGGCUGCGGCGGCGGGGUUGGAGGAGUUUGAGCCUCGCGACCCUGAAGCUGACCCGCCGCCGCGGGCGCUCACGAAGGGCCAGGUGAAGCACUGCAAGAAGGCGCUCAAGGUGCUCGAGAAGAAGCUCGGGAAGCCCGCCGCGAUCUUCAAUGUGUCCUCGAGCCUCCCGUUUCUUUUUCACCGCAGGAUGAGCAACAACACUAGUAGGCAACAAAGGGAAUUUGAUAGAUUUGACAAAAUACUAGCUAAUCCAAGUGCCAUGCCGGAGCGUUUGACGUUAGAUUAUCUGAAAUACAUCACAAAUGAUUUCUCCAAGGAGAAAGUACUGGGAAGCGGCGGAUUUGGAGUGGUUUACAAGGGCGUUCUCAAAAACGGGGAGGCGAUUGCUGUGAAGAGGCUGAAUAAUAUUCUUGAAACGCACCUAGGCGAUGAUCAAUUUGAGAACGAAGUUACUCAUCUUUUUGGGUUGAAGCACAAAAACAUAGUUCAACUCAGAGGCUAUUGUGAUGACGCACACAAGCAAGUCUGCAGGUCAGAACAAUCACGGUCCAAAGGAAGAGGGGAACGGGUCCUGGCUGAAGUACGAGAAAGGCUGCUCUGCCUUGAGUAUGUUCCUAACAAAAACCUUCGUGAGCACAUUUCGGACACAUCUUGUGGACUCGAGUGGCACGUGAGAUAUGAGAUAAUCAAGGGGAUUUGCUCCGGUUUGCAUUACCUUGACACAGAAUGCGAUAUUGCUCACAUGGACCUUAAACCCGAGAAUAUAUUACUGGAUGACAAUAUGGUACCGAAAAUUGCAGAUUUUGGUACGUCGAGACUCUUUGGCGAAAAUCAAUCUCGAAUUAUCACCAAAACAUGUAGAGGGACAUUUGGGUACAUGGCACCAGAAUACAUCAAUGAUGGGGAAAUAACAAAGAAGGUAGAUAUAUUCAGUUUGGGUGUUAUAAUCCUGGAGCUAUUGACAGGAUCCAAAUUAGAGUUUCCCCGUGGGAAAGAAUAUGUCGCACGAUUCACAAAGGGGGUGGUUGGAAAAUGGAGGGACAGAUUGCCGAACUCAGCCUAUAGUCAACAAGUGGGCAUAUGCAUCUCGAUAGGACUAAAUUGUGUCAACUCUGACCCAAAUAGAAGGCCUACCACAGGGUACAUAAUAAAAAAGCUUAGCGAAGUCCAGAAUCCCAGCAUUGCAUGGUCAUGGGUGAUAACAACCGCCCUGUCGAUCGUCAUGGCCGCCGCCAUAGGAGUUGUGGCUAGUUCUCGCGGACGAGGAUCAGUAUCUGUAUCAAAAGAGAUGAGGAAGAACGAACCAUCAUGAGGAGAGGCAGGACGAGCUGGAAACGAAGCACGCAACCUUGUUUCUUUCUUUAAUAAAAAGCUUCCCUCUGUUCAGAAACUGUAUCAAGAAAUGUUUGCGUUAUUGGAAAUUGUAAGUUUGGUAGCGUGACCGCUUGGGCCCUGUGUGGACAGACAAUGAUUCGGCCUUGCGAACGGGCAUGGAGCCCGAUUGGCAAAGCCGAAGGGAGUGGCCAAGCCCGUCGGGUUCGAACCCCGAUAUCGCACACCCCUCUGUUAAAUACUCCUUUCGAUUGUAAAUGUAGUUCGUUUUAGAUUUAUACAUAAGGAUUAAAAAAGUAGAUCAAAUAAUCUUGUUAUUCUUUAUUUA